AGGAGGGAGGGAAGGGGGAGUGGGAGGCUGGCGAGGAGGGAUGCAGCCCAUCGCCGGGCGAGCUGGAAGGUGGGCAGCCGGAGCACCGGCUCCGGGGAGGUUAUAAAAGGCAGGAGCGGGACGCAGAAGGAGCCGCAGCCUCUGCGCAGCCCCGCGGGGACCCGCCAGGCUCUUUCGCUGCAAGCCCGGAGGAUUCUCGCCCCGACGGCAGAAGCAGCCCAGCAGGAGCGGGGACGCUGCCAGCCAUGCCCCGCGGAGCUGGGCGCAGGGGCAGCUGAGGAUGGUGCCCAGCCUGCGUCUUGCCCUCCUCCUCCUCCUGCAGGCGUUUCUGCUGUGGGACAGCCCGGUCGCAGCCUCCAUCCAGGAGCAGUACUGCGAGAGCCUGCCGCCCGCCACCAACCUCACUGGUCCCCAGUGCAACGCCUCGGUGGACCUGAUCGGCACAUGCUGGCCCCGCAGCGCCGUGGGACAGCUGGUGGCUCGGCCCUGCCCCGAGUACUUCUAUGGCGUGCGGUACAACACCACCAAUAAUGGGUACAGGGAAUGCCUUGCGAACGGGAGCUGGGCAGCACGUGUCAACUACUCCCAGUGCCAGGAGAUCCUCAGUGAAGAGAAGAAGAGCAAGCUGCACUACCACAUCGCUGUCAUCAUCAACUACCUGGGCCACUGCGUUUCGCUGGGGGCCCUCCUCGUGGCCUUUGUCCUCUUCAUGCGCCUGCGGAGCAUCCGGUGCCUGAGAAACAUCAUUCACUGGAACCUGAUCACAGCCUUCAUCCUACGCAAUGCCACGUGGUUCGUGGUGCAGCUCACCAUGAACCCAGAGGUGCACGAGAGCAACGUGGUUUGGUGUCGCUUGGUCACUGCUGCCUACAAUUACUUCCAUGUCACCAACUUUUUCUGGAUGUUCGGCGAGGGUUGCUACCUGCACACGGCCAUCGUGCUCACGUACUCCACGGACAAGCUCCGCAAGUGGAUGUUCAUCUGCAUCGGCUGGUGUAUCCCCUUUCCCAUCAUCGUUGCCUGGGCCAUUGGGAAGCUCUACUACGACAAUGAAAAGUGCUGGUUUGGGAAGCGAGCAGGUGUUUAUACUGACUACAUUUACCAAGGCCCCAUGAUCCUGGUGCUUCUGAUCAACUUCAUCUUUCUAUUCAACAUUGUCCGAAUCCUCAUGACGAAGCUCCGAGCUUCAACCACGUCAGAGACAAUCCAGUACAGGAAAGCAGUCAAGGCCACACUGGUGCUGCUGCCCUUGCUGGGGAUCACCUACAUGCUGUUCUUUGUCAACCCUGGGGAGGAUGAGAUCUCCAGGAUAGUCUUCAUCUACUUCAACUCCUUUCUGGAGUCUUUCCAGGGCUUCUUCGUCUCUGUCUUCUACUGCUUCCUGAACAGUGAGGUGCGAUCGGCCGUGCGGAAGCGCUGGCACCGGUGGCAGGACAAGCACUCCAUCCGUGCCCGCGUGGCAAGGGCCAUGUCCAUCCCCACCUCCCCCACCCGUGUCAGCUUCCACAGCAUCAAGCAAUCCACGGCUGUCUGAGCCAGGAGCGAGAGGCUGCACAGGAGCCGACGUCCCCACUGCUGUGGGGAGCCCCUGGAGGGGGGCACGGCACAGGAGCAGGUCCUGCCGGCAGCCCCAAGGAGAGCAUGAACUCACUCGGUCAUGGGACACCUGCACAGCUCUUGCCCCAUGGGCUGGGCAGGCCUGGAGGACAGGACAGGACAGCUGAGAUGCUGCUUUGUCAUCUCCCUGGCAGCUGUGUGACCUGCUGGUAUGGCAGAAAGAGCCACAAGGACCUGGAGAGGUUUCAGCAGCUUUCUGCCAGCUCCAUCCUGGGCAUAAUGUCUCGGGGUUUAGGCAUGAUUUAUCAGGUUUGUCUGCUUUGAGGUGACAGGAAACCAGGACAAUGCUGGGACAGCUUAUGGGGCUAAUUCCCUGGGAAGCUGGGUCAGAGUUCCAGUGAGCACAUGCUAGAAUGUUGCUGGUGGCUGGGGAACCCUCUAGAGGAGCCAAAGUCCUAUGUGUUGGAAGGGAAUGGAUGGAGAGCCCCAGAGUGAUUGUAGACAUUGCUUCACGUGGCUGUGUUUUUGUAGCACUGGGGUUGAGUCCUUCUCCUGUCUCUUGCUGUGUCUCCUGGUGUCCUGUAACUGCUGCUUGGUCUGACUAGGUCAUUUCUCAUCUUGACACCAAAGGUGGGGUAAAGCAGUGGGGUGGGAGAGGGAAGGUAACUCCCCCUCCCAUGGGGAUGGGUCCUAGAGGCUCUGAACAGUCACAUAGAGUUGGUUUGAUCUGGAGGGAAGCACAGGAAUUAGUUGCAUUCUCUGGUUCAGCCCAGAUGGAUCCACAGGUCUCUGCAAAGCCCUGGACCUCAGGCUGACUCCAUGUCCCUGCUCAGAGGGUGGAAAGGUGAGGGAGCCCUGCAGUGGCUGAGGUCCCCAAGGCAGGGGGACAAGGCCUGGCUCUAUCCCCUCCUCCUUGCUCUGCUUUUACCUGGGCAGGUGGGCCCAGUGCCAAAGCUGCUCCUUGCUCUUGUGCAGAGGAUGGGACCAAACCAUCCCCACGCUGGGGUUAAGUGCCUUGGAGGAGCAGCAGCCUCCUUCCCUCCCUUCCUAUCUCCCUCCCCAUUCUGGGACUCUAGAUUGUCCCCAGUUCCCCCUCUCUCUUUGCCCUCUUCCAUGUGGUCACCAAAAGCAGCUGAGCAGAGGAGUGGAUUUGCCCUGACCUCUUUGGAGCCACCUUUUACUUGUCCCAUACAAGGUCUGGGGAUGCCCAGGCAGGACACAGAUUACAGCAGGUUCAUGGGCUGCCUGCCCUCUGCAUCCCAGGGAUUUUGCCACUGGGGCCAUGCAGGGUCUGGUAUGAGCCCCUUCACACUUGUGUGCCUCAGUUUUCCCAAUAUAAAGACCAGGCAUAAAUGUUUCCUGCCAUGGGGAGAUUUAAGCAUCUUUGAAAUUGCAGUAUUUUGUGAUUUCCUCAGGAUAUACCACCAGAAAGGAAUAAAAUCUUGCAUCUUUUUAUUUAAAGAGAAGCAUAGGGAAAAUCCUCUGGGUUCUUUCUUCAAACAUUUGUGAAAUUCAGUAGUUUAGAGAAAAUUCCUCCCACUUCCCUCCCAUUUUGAUUUUCUACCUGCAUGUCUGCAGUGCAGCAAAACUGGAAAUAUCCCAUUGACUCCAAUAAUCUGCUGGAAGCAGCAUCAGUUCCCAGUAUGACACAAUGACCACAACAAGGACCAUACACAUAGAGCACAUUUCAGUCUUUGUUCAAGUUCUGCCACUGGCAACAGCCUUCAAAAGUGCCCCUUCUUCAAAAUAUGGGUGUGGAAAAGUACCCUGAAGUUAUGCAGUGGUAAAAGUGUGGCAGCUUCCAGCUCUAUGGACACUUUCUGCUGGUGCCCUACAAGGAGUAGACUUGUGUCUUCUGUGUCUUGGUUUCUCUGUUGGGUACUUCAGCAGGAGCUAAUGAUGAUCUGCUGGCAACAGAGAAGGGGAAAUGUCCCAGAGAGCUUUUUUCCUGAUCCCUGUAAGUGAUGUUGCCAAAAAAUGAUGUGCUACAUGUUCGACUUGGAUUUUUCUAAAGUGGGGUCUUUUGGUGGAAAGAAGCUGGAAACUGAAAAACCAAAGAAAGAAACCCAAACAGAAGCAUCUGUGUUCACAUCACUGUUUUUCCCCUCUCCUCUUGGUGGUCUGCUCCAAUUGAUGUGACUUUGCUUUCUGUAGCUGGAGUGUGUAUUCUCAGUCUUGUUUGAUUAAAAAUACUUCAAUUCCUCUUA